AUGGAGACUUCUACAAUUGUGAUCAAGGCAAAGUAUGGGGACAUGCUCAGGCGGUUCAAUGCCCAAAUUAUUAACAAGGAACUGUAUCUUAAUAUUGAUGGACUGAGAGAGAAGAUCUUUGCUUUAUUCAACUUAGCUCCUGGUGCUGAGCUCACACUUACCUAUAUUGAUGAAGAUGGUGAUGUGGUGACGAUUGUUGAUGAUGAUGAUCUGCGUGAUGUGGUGAGGCAGGCCCUGAACCCCUUAAGGAUUACUGUGAAGGUGAACACUAAGCAGAAUGGCAGACAAUAUGCUCGUUCAAGUGGAAGUUCGACUCCCUUGAGCUUGCCUAGAGUCCAGCAACCCUUCCAAAAGCUGAACUCUAACAUCUCUGAAAUUUUGAAAUCUGUGCCAGAGCCUCUAUGUGAAACUCUCUUGAAGCUUUCAACUGAGUUGUCAUCUAAAACGUACUCCUCUGCACCAGGUAUUACCGAGCUUGCUGACUACUUCUCAAAGAUAGGUUUGUCCUACCUAGAUCAGCGUUCAGAGUCCGAAUCUGGAGUGCAGUCUAGUACACAAAGUGAGGCUCCUGAAAGCACCGCAGCUGCAAGAGAAGCCAAAGACUUGGAUUCCUCCAAGCCUGAAGAGCGAUCUUUGAGAAGCAAUGAGGGCUUGCCAAAAUUUAAACCUGAAGCAGCCUUGGGAAACAAUGAGCUGAAACUGGGAAAGACAAUUGUAGGUAGCACAGACCCCUUGUAUUUGGAAGAACCUAGCCUCAAAGCUGUGGAUGCAGCAAUUGGCUCUCUGAAUUUUGAUGUUGGAUACCCCAACAAUGAAUCUCUGCACGAAUCAUCAUGCUUGGAUCCUAAACCAAGUGUUGUGGCUGCUACUGUUGAUAAGAAGAAAAAGUUGAAGAAGAGUAUUAGAUGUUAUUCAAACGAAGAGUCUCCUUUGGCAUCUUCUAGUCUGCCACUUCUUGCAAAUGAUGUUCCUAUUCAAAAGGAGGUUGAUAAGCCUAGUGAGCCUCAUGAUGGACCAAAGCCUUCUAAUGUGGGUUCUUCCACUGGUAAUGCUGAUCCUACGAGACGGGGCCAUCCAGUUGGUGGGAUAAAUUAUGUACUUGAGAACUCCCCAGUCUCGCAUUUUGGUCCUGGUUCUGUUAACAAGCCUCCGCUUUUUGGAAUACCUCGAGGAAAUGAUUCAGCUGCCCCCUCACAUUCCACCAUCCCACCAUUUAGGAGCAUUAUUCAGAAUGAUGCCACUGGGACUAUUGUACAUUUGGGUGUUUCUUGCGAUGGUUGUGGGUCCCAUCCUAUAACUGGACCAAGGUUCAAGUCAAAAGUGAAAAAGAAUUAUGAUCUGUGCCAAAUCUGCUUUCUUAAAAUGGGAAAUGUUUCUGACUAUGUCAGAAUUGCUCAUGAGGUGGAUAAGCAGUACCCCACGUCUAUCAAGGGAUUGUAUGGCCAUCAUGCUGAGGACCAGGUGAUCGUCAAGGGUUGCCAGGAUAGAACGGGUAUAGGCAAGCUAGACAGUUGCUUCAUUCAGGAUGUGAAUAUUGUCGAUGAAACUGUGAUGGCCCCUUUGACUCCAUUUACCAAGAUUUGGCGGAUGGGGAACAGUGGUACAUCGGUGUGGCCCCAAAAAACACAACUUGUUUGGACUGGAGGAGACAGAUUAAGCAAUGCAUUUGUGGUUGAAGUAGAGAUUCCUGUGGGUGGUUUGCCUGUUGGCCAGGAGAUUGAUGUCGCAGUUGAUUUUGUAGCUCCUGAGCUUCCAGGUCGGUAUAUCUCCCACUGGAGGAUGACCUCGCCUUCUGGCAUACAAUUUGGGGCACAUAUUUGGGUUCACAUCCAGGUUGUUGCUUCCAAGGAGGCGCUGUCACGAACCAUGGUGCAUGGAAGACAAUUUGUGCCUGUCAACUCCAAUAAACCUGUCGAAUCAGUGAAACUAUUGGUUGAUGCACAGCCAAACAACGAGCAGGAUGCGAAAUUCCCCAUCAACGAUAUCUUGUUGGUUGGUGAUGCUCUGCUUUCUGCGGCGCCACCAUCGAUUGCAACUGCACAGGCUUCUGUUCAAGAGGUUUCUGAAAAGUAUGAUUUAGAGGAGAAACUUCUGAAGGAACUUGAGGAAAUGGGCUUCAUACAGGAGCUCCACUUGAUGGGUUUGGUGAUACAGAAAUGA